AUGUACGUUAACACACUUCCAGUUCGCAUUCGUAACGGACAUAAAUUUCCAGUUCCACUAGAAAAUGAAAGUUAUUAUCAUCGUCAUCAACCGGUAGAAUUCUCUAUUAAAUUCAAGAGUUCACCCGUGGUGCAAUCUGCAACUGGAAUGAUUUUUCUUACUGAUAAACGAAUCAUAUUCAUCGCUUAUGAACCUAGUCCGGAUGAAUUUGAAAACUUUUACGUCAUGUUAGCUGAUGUUGUUUCUUCGGUGAAACAAGAGAAGAGCUUUUUCGAUUUCAAAAGUUAUUUUCAACAUAAUACACUUGCUUUUGAAAUGACGUUGAGGGAUAAAACGUCUUUUAACAUGUCUAUUACAUAUGAUGACGAAGAUAUUGAACAAAAAGGAAUUUUUGAGGAUUAUUAUGGGAUGUUGCUUUCUAAGACCAAACCCGAGAAAAUUGUUGGUGGUAGGCCACUAAGCAUUACCACUUUAAAUAGCUUUGUGUCAGACGACCGUCCUGAUUCGGCAUACUUUAGCACUUGGA